UGGCGGCAGCAGCGCCGGGCAGGGCUGGCGAGCAAGAUGGCGCCGGCGGUGCGGGGGCUGAAGAGCCUGGUGUGGCAGAAGCUAAAAUCAUCAAUAUUUGAUGACUGCAGGAAAGAGGAAGAAUGGAAGAUAAUUCUUUUAGAUGAUUACACUACUAAAUUACUGUCAAUGUGCUGCAAAAUGACCGAUCUACUUGCAGAGGGUAUCACAGUGGUGGAGAAUGUAUAUAAAAUCCGUGAGCCUGUCCCACACAUGAAAGCAAUAUAUUUCAUAACUCCCACCAAAAAGUCUGUAGAUGGACUUAUUGAUGACUUCAUCACUAGAUCAUCGAGCAGAUACAAGGCAGCAUACGUGUAUUUCACUGACUUUUGUCCUGAUAACCUCUUCAAUAAAAUUAAGUCUUCCUGUGCAAAAUCAAUUAGAAGAUGCAAGGAGAUCAACAUUUCCUUCUUCCCGUGCGAGUCUCAGGUGUUUACUCUCAAUGUCCCAGAUGCAUUCUACCGCUGUUAUAGUCCAACUCUGGAAAAGACAAAGGAUAAAGAUGCUGUAAUGCAAGUGAUGGCUGAACAAAUUGUUACCUUAUGUGCCACACUAGAUGAGAAUCCAGGAGUGCGAUAUAAAAGCGGACCAUCUGAUAAUGCCAGAAAACUUGCACAGCUUGUUGAAAAAAAUCUUGAGAACUACUACAAAAUUGAUGAGAAAAGCCAAAUAAAGGCUAAAACCCACUCCCAACUAAUAAUAAUUGAUCGCAACUUUGACCCAGUAUCAACUGUACUUCAUGAACUCACCUUCCAGGCAAUGGCAUAUGAUCUGCUACCAAUUGAAAAUGAUACUUACAAAUACAAAACAGAAGGAUCUGCUGGCAAAGAACGAGAGGCAAUUCUGGAGGAAGACGAUGAGCUCUGGGUGAAGAUUCGGCACAAGCAUAUUGCAGAUGUGAUAGAGGAAAUACCAAAACUUUUAAAAGAAGUUUCAGCAAAAAGAAAAGCAACAGAAGGAAAAUUAUCGAUAUCUGCUCUGUCCCAGUUAAUGAAAAAGAUGCCGCACUAUCGGAAAGAGAUCAGUAGGCAAGUCGUCUAUCUUAAUUUAGCAGAAGAUUGCAUGAGCAAGUUCAAACCUAAUGUAGAAAGGCUCUGUAAAACUGAACAGGACUUAGCUCUUGGAACUGAUGUAGAAGGUCAAAAAGUGAAAGACUCAAUGAGAGUCCUCCUUCCAGUUUUGCUCAACAAAAGUCAUGAGAGCUAUGAUAAAAUUAGAGCUAUUCUGCUGUAUAUCUUUAGCACAAAUGGAACUACUCAGGAGAACUUGGACAAGCUGAUCCAGAAUGUACAAAUAGAAAGUGAUAGUGAUAUGAUAAGAAAUUGGAAAUACCUUCAUGUUCCUAUUAUCUCUUCAUCUGCUGCUCAGCAUCAUAAACAUCCAAGAAGGGACCGUUCCUCAGAAGAAACUUUUCAACUUUCUAGGUGGACGCCUGUUAUCAAAGAUGUUAUGGAGGAUGCUAUAGAAAACAAACUAGAUUCAAAAGACUGGCCAUAUUGUUCCCCGUGUCCUCCUACCUGGAAUGGUUCAGGAGCAGUAAGUGCACGCCAGAAACCUAAAGCUAGUUACCAAGAUGAGCGAAAGAGCGGUGCAAGGCUGAUUGUAUUUGUGAUUGGAGGAAUUACAUACUCUGAGAUGCGCUGUGCUUAUGAGGUUUCUCAAGCCUACAAGUCCUGUGAAGUUAUUAUUGGUUCUACUCAUAUUCUGACACCUAAAAGACUACUGGAUCAAGUAAAGAGCCUCAGUAAACCAAAGGAUAUGGUCUCUGUUAAGGAUGAGUAGAAAUUAUGAUGUUUAUGAUGUAUUUUGAAAGACAAAUAGUAUGUAUAUAUUCUUACAGAACUGACUUUCUGAUACAUGGUCCUGACUAAUGCACUGUCACUGUAAAUUUGCUGCUUUUUUUGGGGAGUAGAAGGCAGGGAGAGGAAAAAAUAAUGUUAAGUUGUAUUUGGUAUAGACAGUGUUACACUGUGCUUUUUCAAAAGGGCGUCUUAAUUCCUAACAAAUGAUGCUGAAAGUUAUCAUGAUUAUGUAUAAACUGGAAUUGUUUUGAUGACUGUGAAACCUUUCUAUAAUUUAUUUCUAAAAAUGACUGAAUUAAAAAGGGCCUAGGUUUGUAGGUAAAAGCUUCAGAAGAAAAUUUGUAAAUAAGAGCUUAUGGUAAAAAUAUUUUGCACAAGUGCAAUGUCUGAAACUGUAACAUUUUCUGUAAAAUAACUCACUUUAUAUGUAACUGAAAAAUCAAAAGUUUUUUUGAGAUGGUGGUGGGUAAGGUAUAAAGUUAAUCAUGGAAGUACUGAGUAGUUCAAACUUUAAUAAAUAACUGGAGAAAUGCUGUCAGCUGUGCACUGAAGUACACUUUACAUGUAAGAAUAUACAGGGAACAUUACUAAAGCUUUUUAAAAAAACUUAAUUGCUUGAAAA